AGUAGGAGAAAGGAAAUGGCAGGGCCAGUAUGAUGUUUUUGUCAAUUACGUGCAUCUCACUUCAUUAUAACAUAUCUGUUCCUGGUCGUACUUCCUUCUGUGACAAUCUCCAGGCCAUCAAGCUCACCAGUCAAGGUCGAAGAUGUGGAAGUGCUUGGAAAGGGUUCUCUGCCUGAAAUGUGCUUGUUUAUUUGCCAUCUUUCUGGCCAGGACUGGAGCUUCCCCUGCCAUCGUGAAUGGAGUCCUGGGACACUCGGUUUCCUUGUUUCCUUCGAUCCCAGUCAGACAGGAUGUGGAUGAGGUUGUGUGGAAAAGAUCAUCACCCAGCACAAAGAUAGCUCGAUACUUGGAAGGAUCGAUUAAAUACUUUAAUACCAAUUACAACAAACGAAUAACUCUUCAUUCCGGAAACUUCAGCCUGGAAAUCCAUGAUCUGAGGAAAGAGGAUGCUGAUGAAUAUGAGGUCAUUGUUACAGCAGGAGAUUCAGGAGAUGAACGCAGAGAGCGUAUCCAACUUAAGGUGUACGAGCUUGUGUCAGGAGCAAACAUCACAGUUCAGACCAAUGGGAUCUACAACCUUACCUUGACCUGCACCGUGACCUCCGGUGACCACACCAGCUUCACGUGGUGGAGGAAUGGAGAAGCUUUGGUAAAUGACAGCACGCGGCACAUCCGGGUACUCGGAAAUACGCUAGAGGUUUCUCACACUGCAGAGGUCGAAGACGCUGUGUACAAAUGUGAGGCCAGGAACCCCAUCAGUAAUGAAACGGCAGAGAUCAAGCUGAGGGACAUCUGCAAACUGGACACAUGUGAGCUUGUGUCAGGAGCAAACAUCACAGUUCAGACCACUGGGAUCUGCAACCUCACCUUGACCUGCACCGUGACCUCAGGUGACCCCACCAGUUUCACGUGGUGGAGGAAUGGAGAAGCUUUGGUAAACGACAGCACGCGGCACAUCCGGGUACUCGGAAAUACGCUAGAGGUUUCUCACACUGCAGAGGUCGAAGACGCUGUGUACAAAUGUGAGGCCAGGAACCCCAUCAGUAAUGAAACGGCAGAGAUCAAGCUGAGGGACAUCUGCAAACUGGACACAUGUGAGCUUGUGUCAGGAGCAAACAUCACAGUUCAGACCACUGGGAUCUGCAACCUCACCUUGACCUGCACCAUGACCUCAGGUGACCCCACCAGCUUCACGUGGUGGAGGAAUGGAGAAGCUUUGGUAAAUGAGAGCACGCAGCACAUCCGGGUACUCGGAAAUACGCUAGAGGUUUCUCACACUGCAGAGGUCAAGGACGCUGUGUACAAAUGUGAGGCCAGGAACCCCAUCAGUAAUGAAAUGGCAGAGAUCAAGCUGAGGAACAUCUGCAAACUGGACACAUGCUCUGCAGGGCUUGUGUCAGGAGCAAACAUCACAGUUGAGAACAUCACUGGGUGCUGCAACCUAACCUUGAUCUGUACCGUGACCUCAGGUGACCCCACCAGCUUCACGUGGUGGAGGAAUGGAGAAGUUUUGGUAAAUGACAGCAUGCAGCAUAUUCUGGUACUUGGAAAUACGCUAGAGGUUCAUCACACUGCAGAGGACGCUGUGUACAAAUGUGAGGCCAGGAACCCGAUCAGUAAUGCAACAGCAGAGAUCAGGCUGAGGAACAUCUGCAAACUGGACACAUGUGGUGACAAUUUUCUAAAGAGCAUCUCUGCACUCAGUGCAAGCAUCAACAUCGUUGGUGUCAUUGUGGGACUUAUUUUCUCGCUAUAUUUCACCCUCAGAAGGAGUGCAACAGGAGAGAGAGGGUCUGCAGGCAAACCCACUUCCCAACAGCUCAAUUUGCGCAGAAUUUCAGGCAACAAAGAGUUCGGCAGCAACCGGCAGCCUCUCAAAGGAAAUGAGAUGGUAAGAGGGGAUGUAUUACCCCAGUGAGGGGAGUGGAACUGCAGACUGAACUCUUCAAUACCCUGGGACCAUUCUCACAGUCUGGAGGACAGCCACAUUACCUCGGGUCAGGGUACUAGUGUAAUCUCCUCAGACCAUCCUCACCACCCUGACAGACCACUGGAUGUUCUGGCACAAAGGACAAUCACAGACUCAUCGAGAGCCAAAGCUGAGCGUCCUUACAGUUCUGUCAAAGAUUCCACAGAGCUGAGCAACAUAAGCAAAGGCACCGGGCAAUAAACAAAGAGAUUGCCCCUCAAACUGAACAGUGACCUUCAUAUUGGUUCAAUCAAAGCAGCAAGAUUCUAUUUCCACUCAUAUACAGGGGUACACUGUCCCCACAAACCCGGUCACUGGGGUACACUGUCCCCACACACCUGGUCACUGGGGUACACUGUCCCCACACACCCGGUCACUGGGGUACACUGUCCGAACCCCACACUGGCCAUGGGGACGUACAAUGUCCAAUCCACACACCCGGUCACCGGGAGGGUACACUGUGCCCCCCACACUGGCACACACACCCAGCCACUGGGGUACACUGAACACCUCCCCCCCCCCACACACAGUCACUGGGGUACACUGUUCUCUCCCCAAUUGUUCAGUCACUGGGGUACUGUGUCUGCAUGCACAGUCACUUGGGUAUGCUGUCUCCCUACACACCCAUUAACUUGGUAUACUUGUCCACGCAUCCGGUCACUGGGGUACACUGUCACCCCCCCACACACCUGAUCACCAGGGGGUUCACCGCCCCCCCCGCACUGGGGUACACCAUUCCCCCUGCACACCUGGUCACUGGAGAUACAUUGUCAAUCCCCCCUUACCACACACCCAGUGAUUGGGGUUCACUGUCCCCAAUACACACACACCUAGUGCCGGGGCAUACACUGUCCCCUGUGACGAGAUCUAAAGGAUUAUUCUAAAAUGGACUGUUCCUUUAAAAGAGAGAGAGGGGGACUGAACAGUUGGUGUGCUAUUUCAGCAGCAGGGAGAGCGAGAAAGUAUGUGAGUUGCCUUGGAAACUGGAAGGAGGAGCUAUAUGAUGGACAGCUCGUGUUCCACACUUGUGAGAUAUAUGCAAGGUCAGUUGACUUUUUAAUCAGACACACAGGAGACACAUGACACCAGAGGCAAGGAGGACGCUGGUGAGUGUGUGCCCACGACAAAGAUGGGGUUUUUGCUCACAGUGUGGACAAAGGAGUGAUCAGUGGGGAGCUAUCGGUGUGGUUAACCCUGGCCUGGGUUGACAGCUCACUGUGGAAAACCGGCAUUCCUCUUUCUGUGGUCCAAAUUGGUGACUUUAAAUAAGUUUCGGGAGAGGGAGGACGAUGUGGAGGAUCGGCAUCGGCAUCGGCCUUGGGAAGACAAACCAACUCUCUCUCUCUCUCUCUCUCUAACUCUACUCAAAUCAAAUUCCAGAACUGAGCUGAUUACUCACUGUACCACCGUAAGACAGUUUCACCCAAACACCUGAGCUGGGAAGCUUGGGAACUUUAUUUACUCACUUAUAUAUGCAUAUACUCUGAUAAUCUGUUCACCUUAUCCUGUUUUAUAUUACUUUAUUCAUGUAGUUAUUAAUAAAAUAGAGUUAAUAAUGGAA